CUUUAAGAGUCCCGAGCUCGCUCUCAAUGAACGCCGAGCAGACAGACGCAUGCUUCUCUCUUUCUUUUUGUAUUGUAACCUGAUUGUAACGCUUGUGUGUCAAAAGGAGGUGGAUCUGGCGCACCGGGAGGCCGUUCCAGAUUCCGCGCGAGCAAUUGGCUGCUCGUGAACCUUGUUUGUCCGCGGUCACGCCUUGAUCACGCACGCCACGCGCUCGGGAUGUCUCGUGCUUAUCGGGAUCACAGGUGCGCUUGCGACCUCGCGGACUUUUAGCGAGAUCAUCCGCACACUCGGUGCGCACUCCGCACUGCGCAGCUCAGGCUAAGAACCAGAGAGAGAGAGAGAGAGAGAGAUUGACGGUAACCGGAGAGAUGUCGGAGCAGCGGAUGUCGCGCUGGUACUUCGGUGGGAUCGCGUCGUGCGGAGCCGCCUGCUGCACGCACCCGCUGGACCUGCUCAAGGUGCACCUGCAGACGCAGCAGGAGGUGAGGAUGAGGAUGGUUGGCCUGGCCAUACACGUGGUGAAGAACGACGGUGUGCUGGCGCUGUAUAACGGCCUCAGCGCCUCGCUCUGCAGACAGAUGUCGUAUUCUCUCACCAGGUUUGCCAUCUAUGAGACGGUCAGGGAUGUGAUGGGCAGCGGCGGUCAGGGACCCAUGCCCUUCUAUCAGAAAGUGCUGCUGGGAGCGUUCGGAGGCUUCACCGGCGGCUUCAUCGGGACUCCAGCGGAUAUGGUCAACGUCCGGAUGCAGAACGAUAUGAAGCUUCCCGCCGAGCAGAGGAGAAACUAUAAACACGCGCUGGACGGACUCUUCCGGGUCUGGCGGGAAGAGGGAACCAGGAAGCUGUUUUCAGGAGCCUCUAUGGCGUCCAGCAGAGGAGCCCUGGUCACCGUCGGACAGCUGGCGUGUUAUGAUCAGGCCAAGCAGCUGGUGUUGGGCACAGGACUCAUGGGAGAUAACAUACUCACACACUUCCUGUCCAGCUUCAUCGCUGGGGGUUGUGCGACGUUCCUCUGCCAGCCGCUGGAUGUAAUAAAGACCAGAUUGAUGAACUCUAAAGGAGAAUACCGAGGUGUGAUUCACUGCCUGACUGAAACUGCCAAACUGGGACCACUAGCCUUCUACAAGGGUUUAGUUCCCGCCGGGAUCCGCUUGAUUCCUCACACGGUCCUGACCUUCGUCUUCCUGGAGCAGCUGAAGAAAUACUUCGGCAUAAGGGUGCUCAGCUGAACUUUGACCUCUUGACCCCGUCCCUCUGGCCUCCUCUCGAAGCUGCUCUCACUUCCACAAUAUUAGUUCUGGACAAUCUCACAUUACUCAAUCAUGACCAACUCAACAUUUUCUCUGAACAGUCACUUCUUUUUCUUUUAUUAAAUUGUUUUGCUCGGGUGAGUAAAAUCAUGACAGGAUUUCCAUUUUCACUGAACUGUUCCUUUAAGACACAAACAAAACAGUCUGUGUUGCUUCAAGGUUUUUAAACGUUGCUACAUUCAGUCUGUAUGUAUUGUUAAACUUUUUUAAUGGUACAAAUUCUAUAUUUGUGACUCUUUGCUGGGUUCGAUUGACAGAAGGGUCAGGGGUCACAGAAAAGCUACGAGGGGACAGAAUUAAAACAAGUUUUACUUUUAUAACCAAAUUAUGGAGCAUCGCAGAAGAUGAUAAACCAAGACACAGACUGAUGGGGACCCAGGACUUCUGUACUUGGUGCUAUGCUUUCAGUUUUCAUUAUAUUUCCGUUCUUUUUGUAAUAUUUCUGCUGGAAAACUUACGCUCGGCACUGAUCUGCGGCUGAAAUAUUGUCAGAUCUGCUGUAGUUUCUGCUGAUGUGCAUGUAGUUGUUUUAGUGUUGAGGUAAUCAGGGCAUUUAGUGAAUGAGUUGCACAGAUUACUUGUAGUCCUUCUGUUUUGUGCUUAGGUGCUGAGAAUAUCUGGACUCAUCCUAAACUAAGCAUAUAACAACACAGAAUUAGUGCAAAUUUAAUUUAAAUAUAUUAAUUUAGCUUAAGUUGUUAUAUUACCAUAUUGGUAGAUGCGUCAAAACAGACCCUUUUCUGUUGUUGUUGUUUUAACACACUAAUAAUGACACUGAACACAGGAGAGGCCUGAUCUCUCGGUGUCCAGCAGAGGGCGCUGUGGUGCACUGAAGGUGCGCGCAUGCGUGGACGCGCAGAGCCGCUUGUGUGCAUCGAGCGUUUGCAAGACAGUAUUUCUGGGUACAAACAGUUUGUUUUUCUAUCAAUUUAUUUGUAGCUUAGGGUGUUAAAAUUGAGGGUUGAAAUCGUUGUUGCUUGACGUGAGUGACAUUGAGCUGCUUUCUAUCUUGAUAAAAAAGAUGUGCAAACUAAGAUAUAAACUGGUUUAAACUGUCUUUUCAGAACGGUAUUUUGACUAAAAUGAAAAUGUAUGGAAAUAAAAGUACUAACACAAGAA